GGAACAUUCAGGACCAUGGAGUGCCAGGCUGUGGACGCCGCCCUGUCCCCGGAGGAGCAGAGGGUCCUGCAAAGGAAGCUGAAGAAGGAGCGGAAGAAGGCACAGAAGCAGCAGCUGCGGGCCGCGGGGCGCACGGCCCAGGACGCGGGGGCCCGGCCCUCGGGGGCGCGGCUGGCCCUGGACUACCUCUGUGGAUGGGCCCAGAAGCACGCGAGCUGGAGGUUCCAGAAGACGCGGCAGACGUGGCUCCUGCUGCACAUGUUCGAGGAGGACAAGGUCCCUGACGAGCACUUCCCCACCCUGCUGGCCUACCUGGAGGGGCUGAAGGGCAGGGCCCGCGAGCUGACCGUGCAGAAGGCCGAAGCCCUGAUGCGGGAGCUGGAUGCGGCGGGCGGUCAGGACAGCCCCCUGGACGCCGCCCCCCGAGGGAAGACGCAGCGCCUGCGGCAGGUGCUGCAGCUGCUGUCCUAGGCGGGGAGGGCGGGCCCGGGGCUUGGGAGCUGUCAAGCCACGCCCCUCUACACCCCGCCCCCCACCCUCUUCAGUGGCUGCCUGAGGGUGAGCCGGGUGCUGGGGUGCUGCGGCGGCGGCUGUCCUGGGCAGAGCUGGGGCGUGGGUGCCCUCAGGACUGUGUUCCUACUUGCAAUAAACGCUGUGGCCCCGCGAGGCCGAGUCCC